AUGGUGGGUGCUCUGCCCACUCUGCAGCCCUACCCAGUGACCCCGGCGGCCAGCCUGGAGAGCAUGUGCCAGCCCUUCGCAUACCUCUGGUCCAUCAUGGUCCACCCUGACCCAGCCACCAUCUGCUCCCAUGGGAUGCUGGCCUGUGAUGACAAGUUCAUCUUUCCCCCUGCCCUGGGCCUCCCACUGCCCUGGCCGCUGACCAGAAUGUCUCAAGAUGGGCUCACAGAGAGGGACAGCGUGGACCCGGACCGGAAGCCCCGCCCUCCCCUGGGACGACCAAUCACCAGCGUCCAAGUGAUGGGAAGGCGGGACGACCCGAAAGGAGGCGGAAGAAAGGCGCUGCGUCCCGCCCUCCUCUGGCGGUCACUGACGGGGGAAAGGGUCUCUGGACGCCGCGCCGGCCUGGAGAACCAUCGAGACGGCAGUCCUCCGGGCGCCCAGAGCAGCCCACUCAGGGCUCCGCUGAGGGACGAGCGGCUGGACUCCCCGCAGCUCAGGUCUGGGCGGAGCCGCGAAGGGAUCGACUAUCCACCCUGUGAACAGCGCACAGAUGCCCAAACCUUCCCUAGGACCCCGAAGCCGACCCCCCUCCAGCAGAGACCCUUGGUGGAGCGUGUGUGCCGCUGCGGCAAGGUCUUUGCCUGGAGGGCCCCACUAGCCCCGCAGGAGCUGAUGCAGGAGGCCAAGGAGUGCCGCCCGUGUGCCGGGUGCAGAAAGCGCUUCGGCCCCAACGAGCAGCAGCAGGUGGGCGAGGGCCCCUCGAUGUGUCCCCAGGGCGGCCAGGCCUCGAGUCCUCGCCCCAGGGCCCUGGCCCAGCGGCUGUACGCGUGCGAUGAGUGUGGCAGGGCCUUCACGCGCACGUCGAGCCUGCUGCAGCACGAGCGCAUCUACACGGGCGAGCGGCCCUACGAGUGCUGCGAGUGCGACCAGGCCUUUGUGCGCUGCUUCGGCCUCUACCGCCACCGGAGGACGCACUCGGCCGAGCGCCGCGGCCCGGCCCGCGGAGGGCCUUCCUGCUGGGGUGUCCGCCCUGCGGCGACUGUGGUGAGGGGGCCCCGCGGCCCCCACGGGCGCCCGUGGCCGGGGAGAAGCUGUACGAGUGCGCCGAGUGCGGCCAAGCCCUUCGGCCUGUUCUCGCACCUCGUGGAGCACCGACGCGUGCACAAGGGCAAGAAGCCGUACACGUGCCCCGAGUGCAGCAAGGCCUUCAACCAGCGCUCGAACCUGAGCCGGCACCAGCGCACGCACAGCAGCGCCAAGCCCUAUGCGCGUGCGCGCUGUGCGAGAAGGCCUUCAAGGGCCGCUUGGGGCUGCUGCAGCACCAGCGCGCGCACACGGACCAGCGGCCCUACGGCUGCCCCAAGUGCGGUAAGGACUUCCGAGCUGCGCCAACACGAGCGCCUGCCCUCAGGCGAGAGGCCCUUCAUUUGUGCCGCCUGUGGCAAAGCCUUCGUGUGCAACUGCAGCCUGGUCCCCCACCGGCGCACGCACACGGGCGAGUGGCCCUACGCGUGCAGCGAGUGUGGCCGUGCAUUCAGCCAGGGCUCCAACCUCAACGAGCACCGGAGGCGGCACGCGGGCGGCGGGGCACCUCUCCCGCGAACCUCUCCGACGUGUUGA